AUGACUCUCUUUGACGGCAUCUACCCCUUCUACCCGCAGAAGAGGAAGGCCACCGUGUUCGACGUCAGCAUCAUCACAGUGAUCGUGGUCUUCCUAACGUUCACUUGCAGCUUCCUGCUCAUCAUCCCAGGCAUCCGUGGACGGGCGAGGCUGUACUGGACUCUCCGGGUUCUCCUUAGCCUCAUCGUGGGAGUGGUGAUCGUCGUUGUCCAAUUCACGGCGGACUGGGAGACCGGCUGGGUGAAGGCAAAUACCUCCUACAAGGCCUUCAGCCAUGCACUGGUGAAUGUGGACAUCGGGCUGCAUGUCGGCCUAGCAGGGGUGAACGUCACUCUCAUGGGAAACCCAGUGAAUCAGGUCAAUGAGACCAUCAACUACAAUGAGCACUUCGCCUGGAGCUUCGAUGCAGACUAUGACCACAGCUAUGGUGAAGGCCUGAAGAGGGGCCUGCCCAGCCCCAUCCUCUACGUGGCGGAGAAGUUCACCACACAAAGCCCCUGCAGCGUGCACAGGCAGUACCGCAUCUCCGGCCACUACGCAUCGGCCAGUCUCUGGGUGGCUUUUUGCACUUGGCUCAUCUCCAACAUGCUCUUCUCUAUGCCUGUCCUAGUCUAUGGAGGCUACAUGCUCCUGGUCACAGGGGCCUUCAUGAUCUUUUCAUUGAUCUCAUUCUCCACUGUGAGGAACUCCCCGAUGUGCCCGAUACAGUUUGGGACCGCAGCCCUGCACACAGGCUAUGGGGGAUCUUUCUGGCUUACGCUAGUGAUUGGCUUGCUCUGUUUUGUGGCUGGGAUCACCGUUGUCACACUGCACUUCUUCAAGUUGGACGUAUUGAAAACUUUCUUUGAUCUCCGUGAGGACAAAACAGAGGAGUGCCAAGAAAUGACUGAAGUGUACGUCAACCCUGUAUGUCAUUUUGUGGACAAAGGACUGUCUCCUCCUCAGCCCUCCAAACUCAACACCAACAGCAUCUAG